AUGUCUUCGGUCACGCUCUUCGUAGAUACGGAGGUCUUCUCGUUGAGUAGUGUGCUCGCGGCGUGGACGGUUAGAUUCUCUGGUAGUGAUGUCAACCUCUUCCCGAGAGAAUCGAGUAUCUUCCCGUCCGACGCGCGAGGGUUGUUGAAAGUCGGCUUCUACCUUGGUGACGGUGGUUUCUGUAGAAGCUUGUGCGUCACUCCUGUACGUAGACGGGAAGACACUGACGGGGAUGGGGACUCGGGCGUCAAAGUCCAGAUUGCCGGAGUUGAAGUGUCUCUACUCUCGGGUUACCUUGCGGCAGUCGAGAGUAAGAGACUUGACUGGGAGGAAAAGAAGAAGAAGAGUCGGUGCACGCUGAACGGAGCAACAAGUGGUCUGUGGGAUGGAAGAAUGUGGAAGAGGAGAAGAAGAAAAAGCAGGGCUCAGACAGAGACCAAUGCAAUUUAA